GCAGAUAAAAUAUUAUAAUAUUUAUAAUAUAUCACAGUAAAUCACAUAUUUUAUUUAAUGAAAAAUUGAUAGUUUAUGUUUUAAAAAAAAAUGGAAAGUGGUUUUUCGACAACAAUAUGACAACUGUAAAAGAUGCCGCGCUGGUGCAAUCAACUAAUAAAAUGAUUCAUUAAACUCCCAAUUUUUCGAAAUAUUAUAUUUUAGAUUUUGACGCAAAAAUCCGUAUUUUAUAACUGAAAGUGUCAAAAUAUUUGUAGAACAGUCUUGAAAAGAUACGAAAAGACGACAUAUACACAUCUAUAUCAGAGAAUAUAAGGACAUAAUAUUAAAAAUAGCGGUGAAAAAUGGCUCCAGUUAGAGGUGAUGGAAUGCGAGGCCUGGCUGUCUUCAUAUCGGACAUCCGAAAUUGCAAAAGCAAAGAAGCUGAAAUAAAACGUAUCAACAAGGAACUGGCGAACAUUCGUAGCAAGUUUAAAGGAGACAGAACUUUGGAUGGAUAUCAAAAGAAGAAAUAUGUCUGUAAGUUGCUGUUUAUUUUUUUGUUGGGCCAUGACAUCGACUUUGGACAUAUGGAAGCGGUCAAUUUGUUGUCGUCAAACAAAUAUUCGGAGAAACAAAUUGGCUACUUGUUCAUUUCUGUAUUGGUCAACACAAACAGCGAUUUGAUUAAAUUGAUAAUUCAAAGUAUCAAAAAUGAUUUGAAUUCGAGAAAUCCUAUUCAUGUUAACUUGGCUUUGCAAUGUAUUGCAAACAUCGGUAGCCGUGACAUGGCCGAAGCAUUUUCAAAUGAUAUACCAAAAUUAUUGGUUUCUGGCGAUACGAUGGACGUUGUAAAGCAAUCAGCAGCUUUAUGCCUUUUGCGUCUGUUUCGCACAUGCCCCGAAAUCAUUCCAGGUGGUGAAUGGACAAGUAGAAUUAUUCAUUUAUUGAAUGAUCAACAUAUGGGCGUCGUUACAGCAGCAACAAGUCUGAUUGAUGCCUUGGUCAAAAAAAAUCCUGAAGAAUAUAAAGGCUGCGUUAGUUUGGCCGUAUCUCGUUUGUCACGUAUUGUUACAGCUAGCUAUACGGAUCUACAGGAUUACACAUAUUAUUUUGUGCCGGCACCAUGGCUGUCGGUUAAACUUCUUCGUCUGCUUCAAAACUAUAACCCUGUCACUGAGGAUCCUGGUGUACGUGGUCGUUUGAAUGAGUGUCUCGAAACUAUAUUGAACAAAGCACAAGAACCACCGAAAAGCAAGAAGGUUCAACAUUCAAAUGCAAAGAAUGCGGUUAUAUUUGAGGCAAUCAAUUUGAUCAUACACAGCGAUAGUGAACCAGCUUUGCUUGUACGUGCAUGUAAUCAACUUGGACAAUUCUUGAGUACUCGAGAAACAAACUUACGCUAUUUGGCUCUUGAAUCAAUGUGUCAUUUAGCAACAUCAGAAUUUUCACAUGAAGCGGUCAAGAAGCACCAAGAAGUAGUAAUUCAAUCGAUGAAAAUGGAAAAGGAUGUGUCGGUGCGACAGCAAGCAGUUGACUUGCUAUAUGCAAUGUGCGAUCGAAGUAAUGCAGAAGAGAUUGUUCAAGAAAUGUUAAACUAUUUGGAAACGGCCGACUAUUCAAUUCGUGAAGAAUUGGUGUUGAAGGUGGCCAUUCUUGCUGAAAAAUAUGCCACAGACUAUACAUGGUACGUGGAUGUUAUACUGAAUUUAAUUCGUAUUGCUGGUGAUUAUGUUUCGGAGGAGGUAUGGUAUCGUGUUAUUCAGAUUGUUAUCAAUCGAGAAGAAGUACAGGGCUAUGCAGCAAAAACAGUAUUCGAAUCACUUCAAGCGCCCGCAUGCCACGAAAACAUGGUUAAAGUGGGUGGAUAUAUUUUGGGUGAAUUUGGCAAUUUGAUUGCUGGUGAUUCACGAUCUGCGCCACUCGUGCAAUUCAAGCUACUUCAUUCAAAAUAUCAUUUGUGUUCGUCAAUGACACGCGCUCUAUUGUUGUCAACAUACAUAAAAUUUGUAAAUCUGUUCCCAGAAAUUCGAACAAAUAUACAAGAAGUUUUCAGACAACAUAGCAAUUUAAGAUCGGCUGAUGCGGAGCUUCAGCAGCGUGCUAGCGAAUAUUUGCAAUUGAGUAUUGUGGCUUCGGCUGAUGUUUUGGCAACAGUUUUAGAGGAAAUGCCAUCAUUUCCUGAAAGAGAAAGCUCAAUCUUGGCUGUUUUGAAGAAGAAAAAACCAGGCCGAGUACCUGAAAAUGAGAUUCGCGAUUCUAAGAGUCCAUUGCCAAAUCAAAACCAAAACAAUACUCACAACGCAAAUCAUAAUAAAUACAACAAUAACAAUGGAAAUAACGCAGAUUUGUUGGGAUUAAGCACACCGCCAUCAAAUCAAAAUUCUCAUCAAAGUGCACUAAUUGACGUUCUCGGCGAUAUUUACAACAAUUCGUCCGUUCAUAACAACGCAAAGAAAUUCGUUUUCAAAAAUAAUGGAGUGCUAUUUGAAAAUGAUUUACUACAAAUUGGUGUAAAGAGUGAAUUCCGGCAAAACUUGGGUAGAUUGGGAUUAUUCUAUGGCAAUAAAACUCAAGUGGCACUUGAGAAUUUUCAACCUAUUUUAUCCUGGUCCACUGAAAACGCUUUGAAGUUGAAUGUUCAGAUAAAACCAGUUGAGCCAACUUUAGAGGCCGGCGCACAAAUUCAACAAAUGAUUACUGCUGAGUGCGUAGAUGAUUUUACAGAUGCCCCUUCGCUUGAUAUAUCAUUUAAGUACAAUGGUGUCCAACAGAAAUUCAAUCUUAAAUUACCAUUAACAAUCAAUAAAUUCUUUGAGCCGACUGAAAUGAAUAGCGAAUCAUUUUUCGCAAGAUGGAAAAAUUUGGGAGGAGAACAACAACGAGCACAAAAAGUAUUCAAGGCACAAACUCCGCUUGAUUUGCCUUCAGCAAAGAAUAAGUUGUUGGGAUUCGGUGUUCAACUAUUGGAUGGUAUUGAUCCAAAUCCGGACAAUAUGGUAUGUGCAGGUAUUAUCCAUACCCAAGGGCAACAGGUCGGAUGUUUACUUCGUUUAGAACCGAAUCGCCAGGCACAGAUGUUCCGAUUGACGAUUCGAUCAAGUAAGGAGACUGUCACCAACGAAAUAGCUAAUUUGCUCGUUGACCAAUUCUAAGAACAAAAUUGUACAUUUCUAGACAAAUAAAUAUAAGAAAGAAUGCAAUGUUCUUUGCUAUAUUUGCUCCGAAUUUCUGUGAGGAUACAUAAAAUAGAUAAUAUAUAAUAUCGGAUAAAUCAAAGAAACAAAACAUCCAACUCCAUAUACUUACUAAUGUUGUUUUUAAUAUAAUGUUCAAAACAUGAUAUUUGCUUUAAUUCUCCCGAAUAUUUUUAUUGAACCAAGUCGUCUGCAGUAAAUAAAAAGAAAACAAAACUCACAUACAACAAUUAAUAGCAUGACAUAUAGACACACAAUAUGUUCAAGAUUUGGUGAAUUUUCUUUUCACAUUAAAGUUAAAAUCAGCCUAAUUAAAUGUAACAAUCACUAUCGCGGUGCAAAGAAAAUAUAUGAAAAAAAUGAAACACACUUACACACAAUAAUCGCAUUAAGUGUUUAAGAAUAUAUUAAUGUAAACAAGCAAAUCUUCAUUUAAUCGUUAUAUCCUUUCAAAGUGAAAAAUGUUUUGUUGUCAAAUAAAAUGAAAAUAUAUGGACAAUUUUACAUUUAAGGUGUCACUAUUUGAAACGAUCACUGUUUCAUGACAGGUGAAGUGAACAUUCCUUGUAUAAAAAAAUGAAUAUUAAAAUUAUAUUAUAGUGUAAGUUAAGCGCUAUAAAAAUAUGGUAAUCUCGACAAUGACAUUUGAAAUGGAACGGUAUUUGUGAGCCAUCAUUUUAAUAAUUCAACUUAAUCUUAGUGAUGUUCUCACUAUACAAUAAAAAAUAUUCAUCUAGCAAAUCAUGACCAAAAUAAACAGAACAGAAUAGAACAGAUAAAUGAACGCUGUAUCACACGAAAUUUGAACAAACAAACAUUUGAAGAGCGCAAAUUGCUCAUAAAUUUAAGAUCAAAGUUUAAUUGAUUAAAUUAAAUAAAACAUGGUUCUACCCAAA